CAUUGAGGAGAGUGGUUGGUGUGGUUGUGGAGGUCUGGCGGACGGAAUGGCGGAAGAGAGAGAGAGAGAGAAAGUGUGUGGCGGCGACGGACGAGCACCCCGGAUAGUGGAGCACCCGCAGGCCAUGGUCGUGCGGCGAGGCGACCCUGCGACGCUGAAUUGUGCCGCCGAGGGUGACCCCACGCCUGACAUCACAUGGUUGAGGGACGGACUGACAGUCACCACCUCGGCUGACGAUCCUCUGUCCCACCGCGUGCUCUUCCCGUCCGGUUCCCUCUUCUUCCUGUCCACGCGGGCCGGCAAGAAGGACACGGACUCCGGCACCUACACCUGCACGGCGGCCAACCUGCACGGCUCCUCCACCUCCAGGAACGCCACGCUCACCAUAGCCACGCUGCGUGAUGAGUUCCGCACGGUGCCGAGGGACGUGGUGGCGGCCUCGGGGGAGCGGGCGGAGAUGCUGUGUGCGCCCCCAAGAGGAAACCCUCCCCCGCAGCUCUCCUGGACUCGAAACGGACACCCGAUUGACUUGGAGCAGGAAGGAGAGAGAGUGCGGCUGCAGGAGGACGGCACACUACUGAUCGCUGAGGUGCUGCAGACGGACGAGGGAGAGUAUGUGUGUCACGCCACUAACCAGGCAGGAAGGCGGAGCUCCCCGCCAGCCAUUCUCGACGUGCUGGUGGCGCCGUUCUGGGUGAAGGCGCCGAGGGACGUGGUGGGCGUUGCGGGGGAGAGAGCUGAGCUCAGCUGCCGAGUUGGAGGAGACCCGCCCCCUACUGUUGUAUGGCGGAGGGUGGGGGGCCGCAUCCCCGUGGGCCGCGUAAGGGUGCUGCGGGACCGCGGCCUGCGUGUGGCGCCGCUGCGGCCUGAGGACAGCGGUGUAUAUUUGUGCAAGGCGACUAACAAGGCUGCAGAGAUAACCGCCAACGCAUCGCUCACCGUGCUCACUGCUCCUCAGGUGGUGGAGGUGCCCGGUGACGUGGAGGUACAGGAGGGAGGCCGCCUGGCCCUCAGCUGUGCUGUUGAGGGCCGGCCUCCGCCCCUGGUGUAUUGGACACGCGAGGGCUCUCAGACGGUGCUGCCCACCACCCGCACACCCUUGCCUCUUGGGCCGCCCCGAGGCGAGGACGCUGGUGAGAUAGGUGGAGUGCGGGCGGCCUACGAAGUGCUCCACGCCGCCCACCACCUUUCAGGCCGCUACGUGUGUGGGGGCGUUAACCGCGCGGGCGGUGUGAUGACUCGCGUGACAGUGAAGGUGCGCCCCUCCCAUCUCCUGCCACCACCAAUCAUCUCCGUGCCGCCUGCAAACCAGACCUUACAAGUGGGUGGACGGGCCGCUCUCUUCUGCCGUGUGUGGGGCUCCCCGCCCCCAACUGUGAGCUGGAGGCACCGCGGGCGGACGGUGACGCCCAACGCCAGAAGAAAAAUUCUGCCUGAUAAUACCCUCACUAUAGACGACGUGCGGGGAGAUGACGCGGGACGGUACUGGUGUGUGGCCUCCUCUCCACGGGGCGUGACGGAGGCCGGGGCAUUCCUCUCCCUUGCCGCCCCAGGCCACCCUCCAUCCCCGGCUCCGGAUCCUGCAACAGCCCCGCGUCCUCCUGCCACGCCCACAGUAAGAGUGGCCAACGAAACGGCUGCUGUGGUAGAGUGGGCGGCUCCCGGAGGCGAAGGCGGCGUGACGGGCUACACUCUGGAAUACUACAGCAGCGAGGAGGACGGGGGCGCGGCCUGGCGGGUAGCAGCAGCCCAUACCCCGCAUACCACCUUCACCCUGGGGCCCCUCCGUCCCGCCGCCACGUAUGGAGUCACGGUGCGAGCCCACAAUGCUCACGGUGUGUCAGAACCAUCGGGUAUCGCGGAAGUGGGCGUGGGCGGCGGGUGGGUGGUGGAGGAGGAUGUGGAGGUGGCAGGAGGACUGACGACGGCGCGGGUGGUGCUGCAGGAGGCACGGCCCGUGCCCCCGAGACCCGCCGCUAAGAUCCUGUGGCAGACGGAGGGUGACAGCAGCAGUGUGGAGGGCUUCUACAUCCGCCUCCACCAUGAGUCACGAGACCUUCACCGCGACGCAGGCACUGGAGACACGCCUGUUAUCCACCGCCCACCGCUCUCAGGAGAGAGCAACAGCACGGUGGUGACGGUGCUGAACGCUGGGCCGGGCGCUGCCUCCUAUGUGCUACACGGCCUCCACCACUACCGCACCUAUACCGUCUUCCUCGUCCCUUUCCUCAAGACCUUCGAAGGACGGCCCUCCAACAGCCUCUCCUUCAUCACGCCAGAAGCAGCCCCCACGCGGCCCCCACAGAGCGUCGGUGUUCAGCUCACUAACGUCACCACAGCCUCGGUCUUCUGGUCUCCGCCGCCGCCCCUGCACCGCAACGGACCCAUCACGGCAUACCAGUUGGAGAUCGUGUCAGCCGAUGGGUCAGUGUUCCUGUCCCGCGCGGUGAAUGGCUCCAUACGCUCCCUCCGCGUGCACAACCUCACCCUGGGGGAUUCCUACCAUGUGACCCUGGCGGCCAUCACCACAGCAGGACGAGGCCCCUUCACCGCCCCCGUCAGCUUGCACGUCGACCCUGUCCUCCUCCACCCACUGGCUAAGUCUGGCCCGUCCCUCGCCUCGCUGGACGGAGACGUGUGGGUGAUUGGCAUGAUCGGCGCCGCGGUGUUCUGUAUCCUGUUGGUGUCCGUGGCCACGCUACUGCUCUGGCGUCGACAUGCUAAGAACAAAGCGCUGGGACACGCGGGAGAGGGCGUGCACAAGGGUGAGGGCCUCGGGGCAAGCUUGGCCACGGGGGACGGCGCCCUCUGGCAGGAGUACGCAGGGUGGCAGCUGGAGAAAGUGUGUGGCGGCAGCGCUGACGUGAAGGUACUGAACACAGCGGGCCCCCCAGGUGAAGGUGACCCGCCCGCCCCACGCUCCCUCGUCACCUUCUACAGGGGCCCUGACGCAGACGGCCCCUACGCCACCACCUCCCUGCUGGCGCCGCACUCCAGACACUCGCUGAAGGCGCGGCCGGAGGACCAUCGCGGGGAGGGGAGCGACAAGAUGCCUUUAGUGGGCCACACCAAGAGCGCCGACAGGACCUACCACACCGAUGGAGCCAGCACACUUCGGCGCAUAAAAGGGGGUCGGCCACUCCUCAGCGCGCCCCCCCUCCCCUGCCUCCCUCCUCCCAUGAGUGAGUCCCCCUACAGCGAGGCACACUACACGCCCACGCUGGCCGCCCACCACCGCCCUGCUACCUCUCCCACGCUCCCCACGGCCCGCCCUGCAACGCCCACCUCUACUCCUCCACCACGCCUCUUCCGCCACACCCUGACGGCCUGUCCAGCAUUGUUAGCUACAGAAGUUAAGUUGGCAAAGAUGGAUAAGCAGCAGCGCCAGGAGGAGGAGGUAGCAGUAGCGGUAGCAGUAGCAGAGACAAGCAGGCGAUCACAGAGUUAG